AUGUUUCAGCGACUAGAUGAUCCCAAGGAAAUAGUCGGAAUGAUAUUUCUCGACAUUGUUUACGAAAUUGAACCGGAUAUGAAGAAAGCGUUUAGCAUAAAGCAAGUGCCAAAAGCUGGAAUGCUAAGAAUGCCGAAGUUUGGCGGGCACAUUUCACGAUUCACGGAGCUGCUGGAUAAGACGACUAAUAUGCUCGGCUUCACUGAAAACCUAGCAGGUGCGUUACAACUCGUACGAAAAUCUGGGCGUGCACACACCAGUCAAGGAUAUCUCGAGGCGAAUCAGCAUAAUUUUGAAAGGAACUAUUUUGAAAUUGUCAUGAACGUAUUCAAUGAGCGCUUUAUACCGUUUCUUACUGGUCAAGAGGAAAAGCAAAUCGAAAACACAGGCAGUUUCUAUGAACCUAAAGAGCAAGAGCAGAUGUUGGAGGACCCAUUUUAG